AUGGACAAUUUGCUAGACCCAAAACGAGUUCUGUAUGCGUGGCCCGAUCAUUACGCGUCAAUUAAGGAUGACCAGGUGUACACCACUUGCGGCCUUGGUAUAGUGCAGAGUAUGUCCGGCACUUAUAUGAUAGCAGUGUUGACAUCAGUGGAAAAAAGACAACUAAAAGGGGCUUCGGUUAAGGAAGUUGAACGAAUGGAUUAUGAUACUAGUAUGCGAGGAAUCUGGCACGCAGUGAUACGGGUGCUGACAAAUCCACUAUUCAUGUUCAACAUGAUUGGCAACGCAUUGCGAUAUAUGGGAGGGGCUGGAUACAGGAUUACUAAACCCAAGUAUAUGGAGUCCCAAUACCGGGUGUCGGGCAGCAAGGCCAAUUUGCUAACCGGUCUGACCGGUGUAGUGCCGGUAGGCAUUGGGAUUUUGGCCGGUGGUAUUGGUAUCAGAUAUCUCAAGCCCAAACCAAUUACCUUAAUUGUUUAUAUUUUUGCGCUCGAAUGGGUUUCAAACAGCGUUAUGUUUACGUCCAUAUUUCUGGGUUGUCCGCCAUUGCAACUUGGCCCAAAUACGGAAUUUACAAAUACCAAGUACACAAUGAACGCCGGUUGCAAUCAGGGCUGCGAUUGCACUAAUAGUGUAUUUACACCAAUGUGUUCGGCCGAUAAGGUGACCACAUAUUUCUCACCAUGCUACGCCGGUUCAUACAUACCGUAUUCAAUGAUAUUCGGCGCAAUUGCCGACUCAGCCUGUCUGAUAUGGGAGAGUACGUGCGGUAAAACCGGGUGCGAUACAAUGGCCUCACAAAUUAUUAUCAAGCGUUUGGUAGACACAGACAGUUAUGACCGAUAUGAAUAUUUAACGCUAAAACAUGCGGCUGGAAAUAUGCCCGACGUGUGUUACUGUCCAAACGAACAAUGUAACUGGAUUGUAGAAAUGAACAAUACCGUCGGUGCCAAUUGUGGCAAGUGUAAGCUGGAAUUUUGUACCAAGUGCCGCAAACAUUACCAUGGUGCUUGCGAUUAUGAUGAACAGCGGGAACGUAUGUAUUGUGAACAGGAAGAACAGGCAAAUGCUAUGAUUGCCAGCACAACAAAAUCAUGCCCUGGUUGCGGGUCUCCAAUUGAGGUGUACACCACAAUGGGAUUAGGCUCCUGGAGACCGCAAUGGUUGCAAAGGUUCGGCACUCCGUUUUGGUUUAUUGUGGUUUACGCUAUAAUAGGUGUCGUGCAGACUCGGUCCAAUUGUUGGCUACCUCGAUUGCGCGGCAAAAGGUGGUCACUCUACUGUAUGGCCAGCGGUUAUUAUCCUGGUUAUUGGCAGUGCGCUGAGAGGUGUCGGCUAUACUGCCUAUUGGGUAUUUGGGGUCGCAUUCAUUGA